UGCGAGCGUCCGGAGGGCGAGGGCUGCGGGCAGUCCGACUCGGGAGCGUGGGUACUGAAGGCUGUGCAGCGGCUCCAGCGCCAUGUUCGGCUCCAGUCGCGGCGGCGUGCGUGGCGGGCAGGACCAGUUCAAUUGGGAGGAUGUGAAGACUGACAAGCAGAGGGAGAACUACCUGGGCAACUCCCUGAUGGCGCCAGUAGGCCGCUGGCAGAAGGGCCGCGACCUCACCUGGUACGCGAAGGACCGCGCGCCGUGUACCGGCCCGAGCCGUGAGGAAGAGCUGGCAGCCGUGCGCGAGGCGGAGCGUGAGGCGCUGCUGGCCGCACUUGGUUACAAGAACGUGAGGAAACAGCCCACCGGCCUGAGCAAGGAGGACUUCGUGGAGAUCUGCAAACGGGAAGGUGGAGACCCUGAGGAGAAGGGUGUGGACCGGCUGCUAGGCCUGGGCAGCGCCAGUGGUUCCGCGGGCCGUGUGGCGCUAUCCCGAGAAGACAAAGAGGCUGCCAAACUUGGGCUGUCAGUGUUCACGCACCACCGUGUGGACAGCGAAGGCCCAAGUACUGCCCCAUCUGUUACCAGGAAGAAGCCUCGUGCUGAGGACAAGGCCGAACUGGAUGCAGAGAGCCAUAAGAAAAGCAAGAAAGAAAAGAAGAAAAAGAAGAAGAAACACAAGAAACACAAAAAGAAGAAAGACAAAGAACACAAGAGGGAGGCUGACAGCUGCUCUUCAUCUCCCUCUCCUGCCCGGCCCAGACACCAGAGACAUUCUGACUUCUCUCCCUGCUAUAAGAGGAAGCGGGAACAUAGCCAGGACAGUGGAAGGAACCCAUCUCGCAGACGACAAGACAGAAGCUCGGAUGACUGAGAAUGUGGCUAGACCAAAGGACACCAGAGCCCUGGUUGCCCUGCCCAACUGAGCUCUGUGGGGUUUACAAAGCAUAGCCACCAGACGCCAAGUGGCUACCAGCCCACUCCCUACUUGCCCAACUGUCUCAUUCCUAUGUGGGGUAAGGCAGGUGGCUGCUCCCUGAUAGGAUCCUGAGCCAAGCUUGCUCAGGGUCUAUCUUGCCAUUUGGAGGCAACCACUCCAGGUCCUCGAGUGGGUCCUGGGUUACCAGAGCCGAGUGGUUCUACGAGGGUAGUGCUGUUGCCUCAUCCUCCCACCAAGGAAGAUGUAACUGCCCAGGAGACUGUACUGCCACAGUCCAGGCCCUCGAGGUUUAGGGGUGUGUAUUACUGAUCACUUCUACUUUUUUGUAUCAGCCCACUUUGUACUUAAGUAAAUGUAUUUUAAAAGUAGAGUGUAUUAUCUCACUGAGGACAGGUUAGGCUGGGAGCCCAGGGUUCCCGUCCAGUAUACCUAAGGGCACUGGAUCUAGGGACCAGAAUCCUACAUCAUACAAGUGACCUAGAAGUUGGAAGAACAAAUUUUUGUGGAUCUGAAUGCAUCUGCUGUCUAAGAGGUUCAGUAGCCAGGUAACAGCAAUUUUAAGAGCCUGUGUGCACACAGCAACUUGCUGGCAGCAAGUUCAGAUUGUAAAAGCUAUUAUGCUGGGAGUGUGUACUUUUAGGCAGACCCCCAAAGUGUCCCUGAGAAUCAAGCUGUGGCAGGUCUAAUAUGAGAGAUUAGUUAUCUAAGCAGCACCUCAUGGGGGUGAAGGUCAGUCCACUUAGGCAGGGGCCCACUCAGAAGGAUGGUAGACUUUGGAUCUUCUAGUGGUCACACCUACCCAGAGAUACGUACUCCAAGGCCGGCUGCCUUAGUUGUACCUAUAAGACAUGAGGGGAGUCAAGACAUCCAGAUCGUACCAACUUCCACUAGGGGCUUGAAGGGCACCUGUGUCCUUUAACAGGAAAUGGCUCUCAAUCUCAGGAGGCAGCCUGGUAGUGGUGGCACUGACACACAAGCCCAUCAAAUAGUUAAGAGACUUUAUUCUAAUAGCUAUAAUUACAGUGCUUGUCGAAAUGAAAACUGAAAACAAGUAUACAAAACAGUUGAUUACUAAUUGUGUAUUGAAAGCAGUAAGAGGUUCCACGACACCAAAUAAACCAGUUCUGAGAUUUCCCCAAGAUAAA